GCAUGAAAGGAUUCAUACCAAGAAAGGCAUCUUCAGAGAGUCUAUGACAUCCAACCAGAAUGAUGUGGAUGACUUGGCCACCUUAGAGAUCCUCGAUGAGAAUACCGUCACAGAUCAACUUCAAAAACGUUACAACAGGGAUCAGAUAUACUCCUAUGUAGGGGACAUUCUUAUUGCUGUCAAUCCAUUCCGAAGUUUGGAUCUCUAUUCUUCACAGCACUCAGAAACAUACACCAAUGCAAAAAGGACAUCAAACCCACCACAUAUCUUUGCAGUUGCUGAUGCAGCUUAUCAGUCUAUGGUAACUUAUCAUUCUGAUCAGUGCAUUGUAAUUUCUGGUGAGAGUGGUGCCGGAAAGACGGAAGGGGCUCAUCUUCUGGUCCAGCAGCUCACAGUCCUUGGAAAGGCAAACAACAGAACGUUGCAGGAGAAGAUCUUGCAGGUCAAUAAUCUGGUAGAAGCCUUCGGAAAUGCAUGCACAAUCAUUAAUGAAAACUCAAGUCGCUUUGGGAAAUACUUAGAAAUGAAAUUCACCAAAAAUGGAACUGUUGUAGCAGCCCAGAUUUCUGAAUACCUCCUGGAAAAAUCCAGAGUAGUCCACCAGGCAAUAGGAGAAAAGAAUUUCCACAUUUUCUAUUACAUUUACGCCGGAUUGUCAGAAAAAAAGAAACUUGUACAUUAUAAAUUGCCAGAAAACAAGCCUCCCAGAUACCUACAAAAUGAGCAUAUUAAAAUGGUACAAGAUUUUAUGAAUAAUACAUUCUACAAAACUCAGUUUGACUUAAUUGAGCAGUGUUUCAAAGUGAUAGGUUUUACGCUGGAGGAACUUGGAAGUGUAUACAGCAUUCUUGCUGCUAUUUUGAAUGUGGGAAAUAUAGACUUCACUUCAGUGGCAUCAGAACAUCAGAUAGAUAAAAGCAACAUCUCCAAUCCAUCCAUACUGGAAAACUCUGCCUCCUUGCUCUGUAUACAACCUGAUGAACUGCAAGAUGCGCUCACUUCCCAUUGUGUGGUCACUCGCGGAGAAACCAUAAUUCGUCAGAAUACUGUGGAGAAAGCCGCUGAUGUUAGAGAUGCUAUGUCCAAAGCAUUAUAUGGCCGGCUUUUUAGCUGGAUUGUAAACCGAAUCAAUGCUUUAUUGAAACCAACCAAUGAAUUAAGUGAGGAGGACGCCGGCUGCAGUAUUGGGAUUCUUGAUAUCUUUGGCUUUGAGAAUUUUAAAAAGAAUUCCUUUGAACAACUCUGCAUAAACAUUGCAAACGAGCAAAUACAAUUCUACUUCAACCAACACAUUUUUGCUUGGGAACAGAAUGAAUAUUUAAAUGAAGAUGUGGAUGCAAGAGUCAUUGAGUAUGAAGAUAACAGGCCACUAUUAGAUAUGUUCCUGCAAAAACCAAUGGGUUUACUUUCUCUUCUUGAUGAGGAAAUUAAAUUUCCUAGGGCAACUGAUCAAACCCUUGUAGAAAAAUUUGAAGACAACUUAAAAUCCAAAUAUUUUUGGAGGCCAAAAAGAGUGGAUAUAACAUUUGGAAUUCAUCAUUAUGCAGGAAAGGUUCUCUACAGUGCAGCUGGUUUCCUUGAAAAAAACAGAGACUCAUUGCCCACUGACAUUGUCCUUCUUCUACGGUCGUCUGAAAAUAAUCUCAUUCGUAUAUUGGUAACUAAUCCACUAACAAGAACAGGCAAUCUUGCUCAUACCAAAACCAAAGCAAGAAUAAAUUCACAAGCUUGGGCAACUCAGAAAACGUCCAGCCACAGUAAGCUGGAUAUCUUAAUGUUGUAUAAUACUUGUUACUUCUGUGAGGGUGAUUUUGGAGAUGCCCGUCAUCCUCGAGAGACAACCAACAUGAAAACACAAACAGUGGCCUCAUAUUUUAGGUAUUCCUUGAUGGACCUACUGUCAAAAAUGGUGGCUGGUCAGCCUCACUUUGUGCGUUGUAUCAAACCAAAUAAUGAUCGCCUGCCAAAUAAAUUUGAUCGGGAAAAAGUCUUGGUGCAGCUUAGGUACACAGGACUUCUGGAGACAGCAAGAAUUCGUCAGCUAGGAUAUUCACAUCGCAUUCUGUUUGCCAACUUCAUAAAGAGAUAUUACCUGAUUUGCCAUAAGUCCUAUGAAGAUCCUCCGGUCAGCCCUGAGUGCUGUGCAUCUAUACUGGAGAAAGCAAACUUACACCAGUGGGUUUUAGGAAAAACAAAGGUCUUCCUUAAAUAUUACCACGUUGAACAGCUGGAUCGUAUGAUAAAGAACAUGGUCAAUCAAAUAGUUUUUGUUCAAGCCUGUGUCAAAGGAUGGAUGGGAGCCAAAAGAUAUAAAAAACUGAAGCAGAAACGAGAACAAAGUGCAGUAAAAAUCCAGUCAGUUUACAGGGGUCACAUUGUACGGAAAGAAAUUCAUGCACAAUCCGAGAAAACUGAAAAUGUAAUGAUCAAGUUCCAAGCACGUGCCAGAGGAUACUUGGUCCGGAAGAAACUGAGCGACAUGUCAAAAAAAGAGAGCGAUGCAGCAACUACGAUCCAAUCGCACUAUCGUGGCUUUAAGGAGAGAAGGAGUUUUCAGAGGAAAAAGGAAUCAUUGAAGAGAAAACAAUGUCUAACUACCGAUGAAGUGACGAAGAGUGAUGAACCAGAGGAGACCACACAAGACCUUAACAAACCCUUUGAAGGUAAAAGUGAAGACGAAGCAGCCGUUGUAAUACAGAGUCAUUUCCGGGGACAUCGGCAAAGGAAGAAAAUAAAAGAAGGACGCCAAAAAACACAAAAUGAAGAUAAUACCAAAAUGCCUGACAAUCAAAAUGACGAUGAUGUGAAUAUAAAGGAAGAGCAAAGUGAAAAUGAAAAGGAUGAUGAAGAAGAGAGUAAAGCAGCCUUGGUCAUCCAAAGCAACUACCGUGGUCAAAGAGAAAGGAAGAAACUCCAAGAGAAGAGACAGGGAGGUGUGCCCAAUACCGCUCAAAACGAGGACCAUCCAAUUGCUGGUGAGAAAAUCUCUCAGACUGAUGUAAAUUCCAAUGGACAUAGCAAUGGACAUCUGGAAAAUCAUGACGAAGAAGAGAAAGCAGCCAUUGUUAUACAGAGUAACUACCGUGGUGUAAGAGAAAGAGAAAGACUGAAGAAGGAAGGGAAACUGUCAAACAAAAACAAUGGGGCGAGUGUACUGAAAGAAAUGGAAGAUCUGGCAUUCUUCACAGAACAGAUCGCCAAAUUGUCGGAAAACUAUCUAACGUUGCAGCAAAAGCUGAAUGCUAUGAUUCUGUCUAAUCAGCUGAGUCCUGAGAGAACGGCAGUGUUAAUGAAAGAAGAGACAAUGAAAGGGAAUGACCCCCAGAAAAAUGACAUAGAUAAGCCUCAGAGGGUUCCAAGAAGACAAAAACCAAAGACAUUAACAAGUCCAGAUGAGUCUACCUACUACAGCCUCCUGCAUUUGCCACACAAAGAUGAAAAACGGAAACCAAGGAAAGAAGGUCAAGGCAAAGUGUUGGAAUCGGAAGAUUACUAUAGAGAAAUUUAUUGCAAACAUUCUUUGUCAAUAAAUAAUCCAAAAACAGAUGAUGGGUUUUCUGCCAUGGAAUUUUCUCUCUUAAACCCAAGCGAGAGAUCCUCAGCAGCAGAUGGGUUAGAGCAAGAAAAUGGAAUGGAAAAAAACCCAUAUGACUACAGAAAACUACUCAGAAAAACAUCUCAGCGGGAUCGCCUUUUACAUGAUUUUUAA